GGUCUGCUGGUCUCAGUCUGUUCUCCCUGCCUGCGGAUCCUGGGGACUCCUAGAUGGGAGGCAGCUCUGACCCACAGGAAGGCAAGCCAUCAAGUAGCUAGGCUGUCCACAUUUGGUUCUCAGAUUUCCUGUUCAGCCCCCUCGGGCCAAUGCCUGGGUCUGCAGGCCCAGCGGAUUGGAAGCCCCCCUCCCUCCGGCUCUGAAGAAGGCUGGGCCAACCAGGGGGUUAUUUUGGGAGCAGCUUCUGAGAUCCAAUGGCCUUGUUAGGGCAACACUGACCUUUCUAUCCUGGGAGGAAGGCAGGGCUGGAGAAGGGGCGGGGCAGCUGGGAGAUCGGAGCCGCACGCCCACUGGGGUGGAUGAGAAGGGGGCCAGCGGCUGCUUCAGGGUGGGUGGCGGGAAUUCAGCCUCGGCUGGGCUGCUAAACAGGGAAUUGUCCCUCUUUGAAAAGACAGGACCCCUCAACUUUUUUCGUUGCUUUCUUAAGGAGAGCUCACCGGACUCCAUGGAAGCAGAACCUGGGACGCUUUGUGGGAACUUCGAGUCUCUUCGGUCUGCUUCCUUUUUAAGUUACUGCCUUGCUGGGAUGAUUGAGGGGGCCUCUCAGCCAUGGCACUGACCAGCGCCCCCACUGCUGACUUGGCCUUUGGGCUUUUUCUGCCUCUGCUGGCAUUUUACUUUUCCCCACCUCGAGCCCGGUGCUGAGUCUAGGGGCUCAGUCUGAAGGUGCCUGGAGAGCAUCAGGUACCCCUACGCCCAAGCUGGAGGACGGAGGAGUUGUCAGGAGCGAGGAUGAGAUGAGCGGGGGCCGCUUUGACUUUGAUGAUGGCGGGGCGUAUUGUGGGGGCUGGGAAGGGGGGAAGGCACAUGGGCACGGACUGUGCACCGGCCCUAAGGGCCAGGGUGAAUACUCGGGCUCCUGGAAUUUUGGCUUUGAAGUGGCAGGCGUCUACACCUGGCCCAGUGGGAAUACCUUUGAGGGAUAUUGGAGCCAGGGCAAACGACAUGGACUUGGCAUAGAGACCAAGGGGCGAUGGCUCUACAAGGGGGAGUGGACACAUGGCUUCAAGGGGCGCUACGGAAUCCGGCAGAGCACAAACAGUGGUGCCAAGUACGAGGGCACUUGGAAUAACGGCCUACAGGAUGGUUAUGGCACGGAGACCUAUGCAGACGGAGGGACCUACCAAGGCCAAUUCACCAACGGCAUGCGGCAUGGCUACGGCGUGCGCCAAAGCGUGCCCUACGGGAUGGCAGUGGUGGUGCGCUCCCCGCUGCGCACCUCGCUGUCCUCGCUGCGCAGCGAGCACAGCAAUGGCACAGUGGCUCCAGACUCGCCGGCGGCAGACGGGCCCACGCUGCCCUUGCCCCCGGUGCCGCGUGGUGGCUUCGCGCUCAGCCUACUGGCCACGGCCGAGGCUGCGCGUCCCCCAGGGCUGUUCACACGAGGCGCACUGCUGGGUCGACUGCGACGCUCAGAGUCACGCACGUCGCUGGGCAGCCAGCGCAGCCGCUUGAGCUUCCUCAAGAGCGAGCUGAGCUCAGGAGCCAGCGAUGCCGCGUCCACCGGCAGCCUGGCCGAAGGCGCCGAGGGCCCUGACGACGCGGCUGCACCCUUCGACGCCGACAUCGACGCCACCACCACGGAGACCUACAUGGGCGAGUGGAAGAACGACAAACGCUCGGGCUUCGGUGUGAGCGAACGUUCCAGCGGCCUUCGCUACGAGGGCGAGUGGCUGGACAACCUGCGCCACGGUUACGGUCGCACCACGCUGCCCGACGGCCACCGCGAGGAGGGCAAGUACCGCCACAAUGUGCUGGUCAAGGGCACCAAGCGCCGCGUGCUGCCGCUCAAGAGCAACAAGGUUCGCCAGAAGGUGGAGCAUGGGGUCGAGGGUGCGCAACGCGCAGCAGCCAUUGCGCGCCAGAAGGCUGAGAUUGCUGCCUCCAGGACAAGCCAUGCCAAAGCCAAGGCCGAGGCAGCAGAACAGGCUGCCCUGGCUGCCAACCAGGAGUCCAACAUUGCCCGUACAUUGGCCAAGGAGCUGGCUCCAGACUUCUACCAGCCAGGUCCGGAGUAUCAGAAGCGUCGGCUGCUCCAGGAGAUCCUGGAGAACUCAGAGAGCCUGCUGGAGCCCCGGGAGCGGGGCCCGGGCACCGGCCUCCCCGAACGGCCCCGGGAAAGCCCACAGCUGCAUGAGCGCGAGACCCCGCAGCCGGAGGGCGGACCCCCUUCCCCGGCCGGAACGCCCCCGCAACCCAAGAGACCCCGGCCGGGAUCGUCAAAGGACGGUCUGCUGAGUCCGGGUGCCUGGAACGGCGAGCCCGGUGGAGAGGGCAGCCGGCCCGCCACGCCAUCGGAUGGCGCCGGCCGUCGUAGCCCCGCGCGUCCGGCUUCGGAGCACAUGGCCAUCGAGGCGCUGCAGCCACCGCCCGCGCCCUCGCGGGAGCCUGAGGUGGCACUGUACCGCGGUUACCACAGCUACGCUGUGCGCACCGGGCCACCCGAGCCCCCGCCCUUGGAGGAUGAGCCCGAGCCCGAGCCCGAGGUCCCGCGAUCCGACUCGGAGCCCCCGUCCCCCGUCUCCGCCACGGUCCAGGAAGAGGAGUCCCCUGCGCCGCGAAGCCGGGUGCCCGCCAAGCCCGCCACCCUGGAGCCCAAGCCCAUAGUCCCCAAAGCCGAGCCCAAGGCCAAGGCGCGCAAGACAGAGGCCCGCGGGCUGAGCAAGGCGGGUGCCAAGAAGAAGGGCCGGAAAGAAGUGGCACAGGAGGCCGAGGCCGAGGUGGAGGUAGAGGAGGUCCCCAACACCGUCCUCAUCUGUAUGGUGAUCCUGCUGAACAUCGGCCUGGCUAUCCUAUUCGUUCACCUCCUGACUUGACCCUCAUCUACCAGAACCACUGAGGAUGCCAGGACCUGUCUUUCUGCAGUGCCAAGCAGGUGUCCCAGGAGGAUGGGACUGCGGACCUAAAGCCUUGCUCACAUCCACUCCAUGGACAUUUAAGGAGGCCUCCCGUGAGCCCAUGCUGGGUGCCGGGGUGCCAGAGGAAGAGAAUGUCUAGGUACCCUCCGGGGUAAAGGAUGCCCCGAGGGAGUAGCCCUGGUCUCCCGAACCCCUUUGCUCCUGCACCUGUCCUCAGUCCUGCCCCACUUUGCCCUGCCACCCUUCCCUGGGCUUUUGUGCGUUUUGAGAGAUAUCACGAAAGCAAGAUAUUCAUACAGAUCUCUCCCUCUUCCUCCUACCCUACCCCCAACCUAGUCCUCUGGCUGAUGGCUUGAGGCCACGCAGAAAGACAAAGGGUGCAGAUGUCCCUUGGGUAGUGCAGUCACUCCCCCAGCCUAUACUGCUCAGAGUUCACAGACUUCUGGAGGGCAGCGUAGGAAACAGAGAAGCCCAGUUGAAUAUCCUCCAACCAGUCCAGUUGUCAUCCCCUAGGACCAGUAGUGGGGGAGACCUGAGCAUCUGAGCCUUUGGCUGGGAAGCCACCUAAAGGGGUCUGGGGUGGGGUGGAGAAGGUUAGGCAUGUUGGUGAUGGCCCCUAAUUCUGAGUGUGUCUGAGCCUGAGGCAGGAGUUCAUUUAGGGUCAUAGAUGUUCCCUGGGCAUUUCGUAGGAGCUCUGCGUCUGAGAGCUACGGCUACUGUGAUGUCCUAUGAAUUGGCUUAUCCCUGUCCCCCGUCGAAGCCACAUUGGGAUCAGGGGAGCAUGGCACGGAAAUCUGUGGAAGUCGAGAGCUGUAUCCCCUGGUGCGCAUUCUCUGGCAGAGGCUGGAGACAAGCGCUGUGCAGGAGACGGGAGCAAGUCUGGGCUCUAGCCAGAUGCGGCCUGUGCAACAAUGAAUCAUGCUUGGCAAAAGGUUUACCCGCAUGCACCUCACUUAAAGAAGUUUGCACCACACUGUGUGUCCCGGCCCUCAGGCUUGCUGGGUAUAGCAUGGCAGCUCAGGACAAGUGGCUCCCCAUUCCCAGGAGGGUGGAAGGAAAGAGUCGCAGGCCCCUCGAGUUUAGGGAAGAGGAGGCGACGGCAUCCACACUGAGCUGGAGGAAGCUAUUGGUCCUCUGACUUUGGACCUCUCGGACUUGAGCAUGGAAGCCAGGUAUCCUCCCAGGGCAACGUUGAACCUACAUAUUGGGGGUCAGCUUCCUUUUCUUCUCAGUCCACGGGCACCUUCUCCUCUAGAGUCACACUGGCUGCUCCUAGCUCUGCUGGGGCCUGGUGGUUUGGUUGGAAUUGCUUUUCUACUGACAGGAGCCUGCGGAUGCUCUUGUACCUGCCAGCGUAGGCAGGGCUCUGCCUCUGGUUGGGUUUUCCUGGAUUCUAGGGAGUAAGGGGGUGACAGGCCCUCGGCCUUGGUUCUGAGGUCAUUGCUCUCCACUCUGGGUGCGGUCCAGGCCUGAGAACAAGCUUGUCACUGUCAGAGCUAUCAGAGCUGUUUUAGGGGAUAUGGGUUGAAGGGUUAGGGUUCAGGAUGCCAAGUCUGUGCCAAAAUAAAUCCGCAUAUGCUCACAAGUUCAA